AUGAGAAAAAGGGCCUUCUCAGGUACUGCUACUACUGCCGCUUUUACUACUCUUUCAUUUCUUUGUCCCAUCCAAUCUGCUUUUCACUCUGCAGCCCUCACUAUUGGUAUUAAAAGUAGUAAUCAUCAUCAAGCUAAGCCUAACAACAUUGUUCAUUAUGGGUCUCGGGGAUUAAGGAGUGAUAUUGACAGAAUCAGCAAUCUUGAUGAAGCUCUAGGCUUUUACAAGCAGAUGGUCGGGAUGAGACCUGUGCCUAGUGUUGUUCAUUUCACUCAAUUGCUGGGUCGUAUUGUUAAGAUGAAGCAAUAUUUGGUGGUUCUUUCUCUUUACAGAGAUAUGGCUGAGUUAGGAUGCAUUCCGCUUAAUGAAUACACACUUAAUAUUGUGAUUAACUGUUAUUGCUUCUUGGGUAAAGUGAAUUUUGGGUUUUCUAUAUUUGGUGGCUUCUUCAAGCGAGGUAUUUUGCCCGAUACGGCCACCUUUAAUACUCUGCUUAAAGGACUCUUUUGGGAACACAAAAUUCAUGAGGCACAAGCAUUGUUCAAGAAAAUAAUAUAUGAAAAGCUAUGCAUACCUAAUGAAAUUACGUAUGGGACUGUGAUAGAUGGGCUUUCUAAGGCUGGGAACACUAGCAUGGCCAUUCAAGUCCUUAGAUUCAUGGAAAAAGGAGGAAGGUGCAGGCCUCAUACAGCUGCUUACAACACUAUUAUCGACGGGUUGUGCAAGGAUAAAAUGAUGGAUCAAGCUCUCUCCCUGUUACACGAGAUGAUUGAGAAAGGAAUUGCCCCUGAUGUCAUCACUUACAAUUGUUUGGUCCGGGGUCUGUGCAAUUUAAGUAAAUGGAAGGACGUUGAAAAGCUUUUGACUGAGAUGAAGGCUUAUAAUAUUGUUCCAAAUGUUAUUACUUUUAGUAUUCUUAUUGAUGCACUAUGUAAGGAAGGACAGUUAGAAGGUGCAGAGGAGGUACUGAAAAUCAUGAUUGAGCAAAAUCAGAAGCCUGAUAAUGCUACAUAUAGCGCAUUGAUGGAUGGGUACUGUUUACAAGGCCGAAUGGAUGAAGCAAAGAUAGUUUUUGAUAAAAUGGCUGCUAGCGGCCUUAAUCCUGAUGUUCAAAGCCAUAGUAUAUUGAUCAAUGGUUAUAUGAAGAAAAUGAAAGUGGAAGCAGCCAUGAGUCUCUUCCAAGAGAUCCGACAUAAAGGGUUAACACCGAAUGUUGUUACCUAUACCACUUUCCUGCAGGGUUUAUUUAGUGUCGGGUGGUAUCUUACAGCAAUCGAAGCUUUCGAUGAGAUGCGAGCUGCUGGCUUAAAACCUAAUUUUCACACUUACUGUGUUUUGUUGAAUGGUUUAUGCAAGAAUUCACAUGUUGAGGAAGCACUUCAAUUUUUGCACAAGAUGGAAGUUGAUGGAGUAGAUUGUCAUAUAACAAUGUACAACAUCGUCCUUGAUGGAUUAUGCAAAUGUGGGAAGCUUGACAGCGCCCGGCAUCUUUUCUAUAGUCUCUCUUCUAAAGGAUUGGAUCCUAAUGUUUCAACUAUAACACGAUGA